GUGGCAGACCCGCCUCCCGCCCAGUCCGCGGCGCGCCCCUUGUACUGGUGAAACAGGCGGAGUCAGCGUACCCACUGCUUCCUGGCCGCCAGGGCGGCGUGGAUCGCGGCCCCGGAUUUUGACAGCGGGCCCCUACCUCAGGUAACCGCGCCUCCCGCCGCCCCCGCCGCCGCCCUAUAUGUGGCGCGUCGCGGCUGCCGGGCCAUGGAGCACGCCUGCUGUCCCCCACAAUGGAGCUGGCCGAGCGGUUCCUGCUGGACGCACUUGCCUACCUGGAGUGCGCCCUGGGCUUCCUGUGCUACGUGCUGCUGAAGCUGGUGGGCUCGCCCUACGGGCGCUACGCGUCGCCGCGCUCCGCAUUUCGGCUGCCGGCGCGGGCCGCUUGGGCGGUGCAGGAGCUGCCCUCGCUGGCGGUGCCGCUCCUCGCGUGCGCCUGCGCGCCCGCCGAGCGUCUCAACCGCUGGCCCAACUGCAUCCUCCUGACCAUGUUCCUCGUCCACUACGCGCAAAGGGCCUUGAUUUUCCCAUUUCUGAUCCGAGGAGGAAAGCCCAUGCCAUUGUACACCUUUAUCCUGGCAUUCAUGUUCUGCACCUAUAAUGGCUACUUGCAGAGCAGGUACUUGAGCCAGUAUGCGGUGUAUGCUGACAACUGGCUCACUGACCCCCGAUUUCUAACAGGUUUUGUCUUGUGGUUGUUAGGUCUGCUGAUAAACAUCCAUUCAGACCAUGUCCUGAGGAACCUCAGGAAACCAGGGGAGACUGGAUAUAAAAUACCAAGGGGGGGCUUGUUUGAAUACAUCACUGCGGCCAACUACUUCGGAGAGGUCGUCGAGUGGUGUGGCUUCGCCCUCGCCAGCUGGUCCAUCCAAGGCUGGGCUUUUGCUGUGUUCACCUUCUGUGUCCUGCUCACCAGGGCUCAGCAGCAUCACCAGUGGUACCAUGAGAAAUUUGAAGACUAUCCCAAAUUCAGAAAAAUUAUGAUUCCAUUUUUGUUUUAAGUUCGUUGUCAAUAGGGUUACCUUCAACUUGAAGCUUUUCGAUCAUGUUUCUCUCAGGAUGAUAUAAAUGAAUGUGUGUCUGUGUAAUGUUUCUGCUACUUCACCUUUUUCAAGAUUUGCUCUAGGAUUGUGUAAAUGAGUAAACUAGCUAAUAACAGUAGCCAAUGUGUAAGCUACCUAAUAACAGUCUAAUCAAACUGAAAUGGCAGCUGGAAGUAUGACGCUGCAUACCAGGUCACGGAUCUGGAACUCUAAUUGCAGCUUGACCCUCCUCUCAUUUGUCUGCCUCUUUGGACCAAAACAUUCUCUACCCCUUGCACAACUCCCUACAGCAAUGGGUUUAAGGUCAAAGGUGAUGUUGUCCCCUCCCCCUAUGGAGGUGUGUUCUGUCUUCAUGUCCCUCUCAUCCCCCUAGGUCGGAGAGGCCCGGGUCCCCACAGAGUACCCACCACAGCCUCUCACUGUUGGGUGUUGGGCAGGCAGAGAAGCUGGGCGUAGAGAGGAGAGGCCCAGCGGAGGCCGAUGCAAAAGGCCUCUGGCACCUGCUCCAGCCUGGACCACCAGGUGGCUUCACUGGCAGGACAGGGCACUGGGGGCAUUCCUAAGGAGCAAGCUGCUGUGUCCCCCACGAAAGGGACUUACUCCCUGGAGGCCCUCAGCUGGGAGCACGAAGGUGCUGCGGGGCAGCCUUCCCAUCUCGGGUCACUCGCCAUGAGCCAUUAGGAGUCUCUGUCUUGGGAUAAUUUUUCUUCCUCCUUCUAGGUAGAAUUAACAUUUUUUAAAGGCACUUUUUCUUUUUAAAUACCUCUCAAUAUUGCAAAACUAUAAUUUGAAGCAGAAUUUCUUAUUUUAGAUGCACUCAAAACCUCCACGGAGAUGAAUGACAGUAAUAAAAUGUACUACUUAUUGCCAGAUAUGUGAAAGAAAUCUCCCCACUGGAAGGCUACCUACUGAGUCUCUUGCCCGCUCUGUGAAAAUCCAAUGAACACAUGGUACGGACCCCUCCUCACCUGGGACAGCACUACCUCUAUUGCUCCCGCAUUUGCAGGGGUGGGAACCGAGCAAGGUGUUAAGUGGAGAGAGUCCGUGUUCACUUAACUAUCUCUAACGAUGCUGGGUGGCAGAGGCCUCCGGGACAUGCCUGACGUUGCAUCCUGUAUGUUCUCCGACCGACUGCCACCUUUGGGCAGGGAGCAGGCCCUCCUGCCCCCGGCACCCCGGGGCCCCUGGGCACCCCAUCAGUUCCCUCCCCCCUUCUCCUGGCUCACCUUCCCAACCAGGGGCUCCCUCCCCAUGAGGUUUCACGUAGAAACUGUGUUCUUGGUGUUAGUGGUUUUUAGAGUCCCUUAGGGUUUUAGAAUGACACAGAAAGCUUUUCCUGAUGUGGCCGUGCUUCAUUUUUAACUAAAAAUGGAAUGCUUUUGUGGGGAAAUGUUACGAUCAAAUAAACGUUGGCCCUUUUUCUGACUGAAUAAUUACUUGAAACCAUAAAACAAUAAAUAUUUAGGAUCUCCUCCAGAAAACUCAGAAAUCUGAGCAAGUCUUGACGGAUCUGGGCCCCUGGGCUCUGGAAGGUGUACCUGGCCAGAACGAUGCUUGUCUGAGAGCUAGAGAUGCUCACUGUGACUUUUAAUUCUGUUGGUGCUUCUUUUUUAUUUGAGUGACCAAAAGUUUGGGUUAAGUGGGGAUUUGAUGAAUGGUUGCUACUUCACUGUCAUGUGCUGGGUGGAUGAUUGACAGGACGAAAUCUUGUUCUAUGUUGUCUGCCUGUCUUCCCUUUGCUAAAAACUGUAACUAGCAGAUUAUGACAGUUUGUUAUUGUGUUAGUUAUGAUAAUUAAGGAGAUUAAUAAAAUUACUGGUAAAAGUU